UGCAGACUCGCAAAAUUUCUUCCGGUUCAGAAGUGUCCAGAUCUGGCUCGCCUGGCCACGCCUUGCAACGCUCCUUACGCCUUCCCUGCGCUAAACGUGCAACUCGCGAAACAGCUGACCGCCUCGGGCGAUUUCCUGCAGCCUCGCUCCGACGCGCGCGAAGGCAUGCCUUUAAAAACACUGGUUUAUUACAAUUAAGGAGCUAAAAGACAUAAUCUUUGAAUUUCCUGGGGACAUCUUCAUGAUCUUCCAUGUUCAGAAAUGCUUUAAAAGUGUCCGCUUCCGAAGCAAUACUUCAAACUCUUGCUCCUUUUUCCAUACGUCUUCUGAAAAUUGCUCACCUGCUCUUUCUUCAAUUUUGUCUUCUCAGCAGGGGUCAUCACAAUUUGAAGACCCAACAAGACUAUCGGACCUUGACAUUAUCAUUGCUAAAGUAUCUGUUGGUAGCACUGACGAUGAGAUUCUACAGUCUCUAUCACAUGAUCCAGCACACAAUAGCAUACAGCUCACAGAUAAACUUGUUGGUCAAUUGUUCCAUCGGUUUAAGAAUGAUUGGAAGUCUGCAUUGGGUGUGUUUAGAUGGGCAGAGUCACGCUCUGACUAUAAACUCACCCCAGAUGCAUAUGAUAUGAUAGUUGACAUUUUGGGUAAAAUGAGGCAAAUGGAUAAGAUUAUGGGUUUGUUAGAAAAGAUGCGUCAGGAUCAUCUGGUCACUCUUAACACUGUUGGUAAGGUUAUGAGAAGGUUUGCUGGUGCAGGGAAAUGGGAAGAUGCUGUGAGGAUGUUUGAUGAGUUAGGAAGUUUUGGAUUGGAGAAGAACACGGAAUCCAUGAACUUGUUGCUUGACACACUUUGCAAAGAGAACAAAGUUGAGCAGGCUCGUGAAAUCUUUUUAGAGCUAAAAUCACACAUCUCGCCAAAUGCUCAUACAUUUAACAUUUUCAUUCAUGGUUGGUGCAAGAUCAAACGAGUUGAAGAGGCACACUGGACAAUCCAAGAAAUGAAGGGACAUGGCUGUCGACCUUGUGUCAUCAGUUACUCAACCAUCAUCCUAUUUUAUUGCCACCAAUACAACUUUGUUAAGGUCUAUGAAUUGUUUGAUGAAAUGGAAGCUCAGGGGUGCCCGCCAAAUGUUAUCACCUUCACCUCUGUCAUGUGUUAUCUAGCUAAGUCUGAGGAGUUUGAGGAAGCGUUGCAAUUAUAUGAGAGAAUGAAAUCUGCUGGAUGUGAUCCGGAUACACUAUUUUACAACUCACUGAUCCACACACUAGGAAGAGCUGGGCGGGUACGAGACGCUAUUCAUGUAUUCGAGGUUGAAAUGCCUAAGAAGGGGGUCCCUCCUAAUACAUCAACUUACAAUACAAUGAUUGCCAUGUUUUGCCAUCAUGCUGAAGAGCAAAAGGCCUUAGAUGUCCUCUUGCAGAUGGAAAAUGCAAGGUUAUGUAAGCCGGAUGUUCAGACAUACUAUCCAUUGCUUAAAAUGUGCUUUAAAACUGGCAAAACAGACAAUUUUUUGAGCAAGCUAUUAGAUGACAUGGUUAAUAGACAUCAUCUCAGUCUCGAUCUCUCAACCUAUACGAUUCUAAUUCAUGGACUGUGCAGAUCAAAUAAGUGCGAGUGGGCGUAUCUUCUCUUUGAGGAGAUGAUUGGUCAAGAGAUAAAGCCUAGGUAUAAAACAUGCCGUUUACUUUGGGACGAAGUCAAACUGAAGAAUAUGUUUGGCCCUGCUGAUACCAUUGAAGACUUCAUGAAGAAACUAUAAUUUCGUGAGAAGAACAAUGGCAGUGUAGUUAAGGUAAUUUGAGGUGACACUUGAAGAAAUGCAUCUUGGACCAUUGCUAGCUCCAAAUGUCCAACAGAUGGAACAAACUUCGUGCUGGAGACCAUUGACUGACAGAUUGUAUAUUACUACCUAGAAGUCCUUGUGUGGUUGGUACGAUCCAAUACAUGAGUAUGGCUUUUGAGGACCUUUUUUAUUGAGAGGAGCGAUAGUAUGCUAAACUUACACACACUACACGGAUGCUAAGAUUGAAUCCAGGACCUUUCUUGGGAGGAUCAAUUGUUCAAAAUUACUACACUAGUGGGUCCUUUGCCAAGAGAGAGAGAAAGUAUGGCUUUGAGUAUCAAGGCAUGAGAAAAAGGUAUUUCAGGCAUUAAUGUUGAAUUCAGGCUCUGAAAAGAACCAUUUAUGGGGGAGGAUGCAAGGAGAAAAUCUCCCGUUUCAUU